UAUUUUCUGAUCCCAUUCUGUCUGUCUCUGCGGCGAUCCUAGGGUUCCUUUUUCAUCCAUGUCGCCAUCCCAGUUGGAGGACGAAGAAGAAGUCGAGGAAGAGGUUGAAGAGGAGGUAGAAGAAGUCGAGGAGGAAGAAGAAAUUGAAUACGUCGAAGUCUCUGAAGAAGAGGAGGAAGAAGAAGACCAAAACCCUAACCCUAAUCAGAAACCGAAGCCCUCGGUCCCCGAAUCCAUCACCAACCUCAAAUCCCUCCACGGCGCUCUCUCCGACUUCCUCCUCGAUUACAACUCCCUCCACCAAACCCUAGACUCCAUCAAUUCCUCCCUUGAUGCCGUCUCCACCAUCAAAACCCCCACCAACUCCUCCCUCAAUGCCGUCAAAACCCCCGAACCCGAAGCAUCUUUGCCGGUUGCCGAAAGGCAGGACUCCGAGGUCGAAAGCCUUUGCCGUUCCAACGCCCCCAAAGCCCUCCGCAAGUACAUCAUGACCCACUUAUCCGAGAUUGAUCGCCUCCGUCGGGAGGUCCCCGAGGCCCUCAAGCUGGCCUUCGUCCCUGAAAAAUUAGUUCUUGAAGCAAUGGGCAAGUUCUAUUUGCAGGGAUGCAAGGCCUACGAACAUGGAGAUUCUAAUGCCAUUAAUUGCCGUCGUGCUGGGAUUCUACUGCUGGAGUUCUAUUUGAUUGCGGGGUGUCCUGUGGCUUCGGCAUCGUCACAGUCAGUUAAGGGAGGCGCUAUGGAUGCUGCAAUUUCAUGGAGGAAAAGGAUUAUUAGUGAGGGAGGGAUUGAGUCUGCAAGCGCUGUGGAUGCUCUCGGGCUUGUUCUUCUGGUUGCGGCCUUCGGGGUGCCUGUAGAGUUCAAAGCAAAGGAACUGUACACUCUUCUGAGAUUGUGUAAUUUGGCGAAGAAUGGGGAUGUUCUGCGCCGCUCAACCAUUCUUGUUCAGAAGGUUCAAGGUAAUGCCCGUGGCUUUUUUCUCUUGGGGACUUGA